CUUUUAGUUCAAUCAGGGGAGACAGCAAGCGAAUACGAGAGGGUCGAGCAAGAGUAAGAAAGCAAAGAGCAGUGAGCAACCGGCGGAAGUUCCAUGGAUCGACCGAGCGAUGCCGGUGGAUGAAGGAUUAUUCAUCGCAGCGCCUCGGUCUGAUUGCUUGCAGAUAGUCGUGGCCGAGGAUUUGCGGCGUGAUGAUGGAUGCUUGCGGUUCACUGAGAGCCGAAAGGAAGAAAAAAGUGGGACGCCGACAAGAGACAGUGUGUCAAGAGAGACACUAGAAGUAGACUAGACUAAACAGCAAGAGAUAAAAUGGAAUCACA